UUUCAAGGUUUGGAUAGGUCAUUUUGAUCUACUAUGAUCCUGUGACCGUUAAAUGAGAGCAAAGAUCAAAUUGUCUCAAUUUUGUAUUUGACAGUUUUAGACUUUAUUUAUGGCGGGUAUUUCAGAAAUCAACAUUAUUUUGACCUAAGAUGACCCUGUAACACUGUCCAUGAGGCUAAAAGAUGAAAUACCCUAGUUGUUACAGCCAAUGGAUAUGGAACUAGAAUUUUUUGGCACAGGAAUGGGCGAACGAAGGACUCGUCAUCGCCCUUUUCCUUUGUCCACACCGCGCAGAGAUUUUCCAAUGUGCAUUAAGCUAGGACUGCACCAUGGAAGUAUUUAUUUCUAACAGCAACUUGCUAGAAAAAGCAGGGCAGUGCAGUGGACACAAUAAUUUACUCUCUCUUUGUGGUUGUAUUUAAUUGGAUAAACAUUAUUGAUUGGUAACAUUCAAAAUGUAUUUAUGCAUACGUCAGGAAUAGGCGAAAUUCUCGGGAACUCGAUUAGUGAAGAUGGAGAUAGUAAUGCGAGUUGAGUAGAAGUCGAAGGUGAUUUCAUCACGACUCGAAUAAUAUAAUACAUUCGCUGAUGCUGACUUUGACAUUUCCAUCGUCAGUUGCAAAAUAAAGUGUUCCUUAUUCCUCUCACUCAAACUAAAACUACAACUGAUUUAGUAGGUAGCAUUGUCCUGACCUCAACAAUUUGAACCGAAAUGUGAAAUAAUAAUUUAUAUAAAUCCAUAUAGCCGCCCUUAGAUUAGAGGUUAAGUCACACAUUAUUUAUUAUACACCAUGAAAAUUUACGGGAAACUCAGGAAUAGGUUUUCGUUAUCAUUGGCAAGGAAUUUUUACCUUGUGGUCACUUGUGCGGUGAGUUUUUACCUCGUGUGCCUUAUGACUUUUGUACUAAAUGACGACUACCAAUGGAACCUAUUCAAGUCCAGUGACAAAAUUGCUCAAAAUAACAAAUCAAUACAAGUCAAUAAUUCAAAAAGUGGGGAGACCAGUGAGGAUAAAUCAUUUAAAGGUCGUGCUUCUUCCGGAAAUUACUUCCUACAAGUUGACCGGCUCAAAAACUUGCAGCGCAUUGUGGACACGCCUGCAUGCAAAAUUCCAGACUUUGAUGUUUGGGAUAAGGAUGUCUUUCCAUUCCUAAAAGUUGCUCAACCGGAUGAAAAAUGCAAUGAGACACAUUAUAAUUGGUCGUUUGUGCGCAAUAACAAAUUAGUGAUAAAUCGACGCCAAAUAGAACGAGAUGGUUACCGCUUGUACAAAGGAUUUUGUUGUUACAAAUUUGUGGAAAGGGUUACGCUGUCAAACAUUGAGGCAAGAACAAUAAGUGAGUUGAAGGAUGCAGACAAUUUAAUAAAGUAUUCAAGUUGCAUCGACAUCAACAAUGAAGAAACGGAAUUGCACCAUGAGUUCAUCGUGGUUGAAUGUGGCUCGAUAAAAUUUAUUCCAGUAGCGGUAAGGUAUCGUGCGUUUCAUGCAAGUGCCGUCGUAAAAGGGUCUCAAAAAUCACAAAAUGUGGAAAAGAAAAUCCUCCAUUGGAAAUCUGAAGAUGCUGGACAGGAGAGACUGCCUCCAAACGUUCUCAUUUUUGGAUUAGAUUCAACAUCGAGACUGAAUUUCCGCAGGAACAUGUUUGAAACCAGAAGGUUUUUAGAAAAUAUUGGAGCUGUAGAAAUGUUGGGAUACACAAAAGUUGGAGAGAACACAUUCCCAAACUUUGUUGCAUUGUCGGCAGGAUACAGCGAGGACGAUUUGAUCAAGGUUUGCUAUUUUUCCAAAUUAACACCCCAGGACAAAUGUCCCUACAUAUCCAAACGGUUUGAUUCUGCCAACUACAUCACUGCGCAUUCCGAAGACGCGCCUACGUUCGCAAUUUACAAUUACCUAAAGACUGGAUUCGUACAACAGCCUGUGGAUUUCAAUAACAGACCCAUCAUGCUAGCAGCUCAGGACUAUGCAUACCCCCCAUUUUAUGUCGGUAGGAGCGAGGCUAUGAAAUGCAUUGGACAGCAAACAAAUGACGAAGUAAUUCUCGCCUACGUUGAAUCAGUACUUGAUAUCGGGCACAGAAACAAGACUCCAAUCUACAGCGUCUCAUGGAGCACGGAGGGAUCUCACGGGAACUCGAACGGUAUUCAACUAGUUGACGCUACGUAUGCUAAUUUUUUCAAAAGAAUUCAAGAGAAGGGAUACUUGGACAAUACACUACUAAUAUUUAUGGGGGAUCAUGGCUAUAGAUACGGUCCCUUUCGCGAAACCAUUUUAGGAUAUUACGAAGAUAAGCUGCCAAACAUGUGGAUUCGUCUUCCACCAUGGAUAAAAGAAGAGUUUCCAGAGUGGCAAACCGCACUAGAAAUUAAUUCCAGGAGAUUAUCCUCUCCCUUCACAAUGUACUGGACGCUUAACCGCAUCCUCGAAAUGUUCUCGUCCAUCGAUCCUCCACACGACUCAAUAAAUGCAAAUUUAUCUGGAAAAUUAGUUCCGCGAAAGCAUACUCUUCAGAAUUUUUUCGAAAUCCUCCCAGAAGACAAUACUUGCGCGGAUGUUGGAAUUCCUGACGAUUUUUGUGCAUGCUACCUCCCUCAACAAGUUCUGUUAGACGACCCCCUUUUAAGAAAAGCAGCGUUAGCUGCUCUUGAAAGUAAGAACCAGGAUCUCAUCAACUCACCUUGUGCACCACUGCAAGUAAAAGCAAUCACUGCGGGGACGGUAGUAACCAAGUUUUCCAAAGAUUUGGUCAAAAGGUUCAUUGUUGCCUUCACCACAAAGCCUGGUGACUUUACUUUUGAAGUCGAAAUCGAUUAUUUUAUGGGAAACUCAACCUUCAACGCCCAACCGAGUGUGCAUAGGAUAAGUGCAAUAAACAAGGAGCAUAUUACAUGCAUUAAAGAUUCAAAGCUGGAAUUAUAUUGUUACUGUGCUUAACUUUUGUAUUAUCGUAAUAAAUGUUGUUACUUAAAAUUUGCUUCCUAA